AUGGGAAAUACAUCGUCUCAGCCUGAACCAUACCCCGAAAUUCCUGAGGAUUUUGGAGAUACCGUUCCUGAAACUCCGAAUUCUUCCAUGGUGGAUGCGACGAAGAAAAAGAAGAACAAACAUUUCCCCUUGAAAUCCAAGCCUUUAUCGCCGGCAAUGGCGGAAACCAAUGGUUCAAACCGCACCCCAGAAUUAGACUCCAAUAUGUCGAAUACUUCAAAGCGAAAGCGCGAGUCUGAACCUGAGCGCAAGCAAAAGUCCAAGAAGCAUCGCAAAUCAGACAACUCCGUUGCCAUGUCAGCUUCACCAGUGAACCACUCACCCCCCUCUGCAAUUGCUGUCCAAAAUCCCCCAACCCCCAGCCAACCCAUUCCAUCAAACCCCAAGGCGAAGAAGGUUCGCAAGCAGAAUGGCGAAGAACCGAAGUCAGUGGCUGCGUCCAAUUCUCAACCUACUCCUGACUUGACGGCUGCAGAAGAAGAGCCCGCUAAUAAGCAGCUGGCUGUCACCAAGCAAACUCCAGCCUCUGGCUCACCCAACCUCGAGGGUAGCACCACGUCAGGAGACAGGGCCAAGGGAGUUAGAGGCUCGCGCACCAGGCAGAAGGACAACUUAAGGAUCGGCUUCUAUACGCCCGAUGAAGUGCGAAAAAUUGAAGCGUACAAACUCAAUUUUUGCACCGUGCAUGGCAUUCCUAGUGCCAAAUUCGACGAGAUGGUUCAGCAUUCUGAGCGUGGCGCAAACGGUGAAUUUCCUGUCUCUACGGACAUCAUCUCAAAAGGGGACUUCUGGGACGAGAUCUACGCUCUCGUUCCAGACCGAGAUCGACGAUCUGUGUACCGAUUCAUGCGCCGACACUUCCAAGCUUCGGCUCAAAAAGCACACGAUUGGUCCAAGGAACAAGACGAUGAGCUUAUCGAGCUCCACGCUAAGCACGGUCCAAAGUGGACUUACAUUGGUAAGCUCAUUGGGCGCAGUGAUGACGAUGUCACUCAGCGCUGGAAGAACAAGCUUGAGCACCAGGGCACCAUGAACCAAGGCGCCUGGUCAGAGGAGGAAACCAGGAUUUUCCUGAACGCCAUCGAAUCAACGUGGAACACCAUGAAGCCAAUGCUUGCCGAUAAGGCAGGCAAAGACAUGUACGAGCUGGAUGAACGCCUCAUUGUAUGGGGUAACAUCAGCAAGGAGAUGGGACACAUGCGGUCUCGACAACAAUGCGCAGACAAGUGGCGCAAGAUCGUGAGACAGGUCAUGAUCAUGCGGGCCAAUGGCCAGCCAGGCGCAGUGUUUGAUCCGAAAAUCGCCGCUAAGAAAAGUGCUCACUGGAACAUGAGACUGGAGGCGCAAAGAAAAAGCUCUCAAUUCGUGAAUGAGGAUUCUGAUGAUGAUGAAGCUACAAGAACUACCACCGCAAAGCUAAAUCCCAAGGGUGACGCAGCGGCAUCGCCCAUUGCUAAUGACAAUGUCGAGUCCGGACAGCGAGGACAGUCUGAGGAGGGUGAGCCCGACUUGCCUGAGCCUCCUAAAAAAGUUAAGAAGUCCAAGCGCAAGCUUAACGAGGACCCAUCCCCACCCGUCAAGGAACCCCUUUCGUCUUCCGCCGCUCCUACAAAAAGCAAGGAGGAGCGAAAGCGCGAGAAGAAAGAGCGGCGAGAGAAGGAAAAACAAGAGCAGGUUGAGCAAGAAGCCCAUGAGGACAAGGCCGCACGCAAGGAGCGCAAGCGGAAGAAGAAGGAAGAGAAGAAGCGAAAGAGACUAGAGGAAGAGGAACGUAUCGCUGCCGACGAGGCCAACACGGCACCUAGCAGCGAUGCGGAGGCCCCCGAGCCUCCCAAAAAAAAUAAAAAGUCCAAGAAGCAGAAGCAAGCUUUUGUUGACAGCCCUGCCCCCUUGGAUGAACCCUAUCGCUCUGUUGUUCCAGAAUCCCCAUCGCCCGAAUCACCUGCUUCUCACAGAUCUGCCACUGAGCACGAAGCUGUCAUCGAUGAAACUGACUCAGACGGCGGAGAUGACAACAGCAGUGAAGUCAACGUCAAGUACGAGACCGACUCGGAUGAAUUGUGA